ACUGAGUUCUUUAUGUGUUGCAGUAGAGAGAGAAAACAAAUACAGAGUAAAAACUUUCAGGCCAAAAAACGCCAUGAAAGAACUGCCAUUUCAGGACAGGUUAUGAAUUAUUAUGAUCAUACUGUUGUUCUUCAAUCCAUGAUCCAUCCAUAACCCACUGAUUCCUAUGCAUCUACUCUCUCUUUCUCAUCAUAUCCAUCACUUGUUUUCUUUGAUUUCUUUAAAUUAUAGUUCCAAUCAUAGAUGAUCCAAGAACAAAAAGAGAGUCUUUCUUCAACCUUUUUGUUUGCAUCUCUGUAAGCUCUAAUGGCGGAAUAUGGAAGUUCACCAAGAGAAACACACAGAAAACUCAAUUCAUCUUCAAUCUUUCUUUCCCCUAGAUUAUUCUCUGGUUUUACAUCGAAAGGGAUCUCAGAUUCUGAAUCUCUAUUAAGCCCUACUUCAAUUCUCGACACCAAAUCAAUCUCUGCUUUCAGAAACCCAUUUUGGUCCGAUUCAAAACCCAUUAAACCCAAACCAAGAUCCAACUGGGAUAAAUUGGAGGAUUCCAUAGGGCUUGGUCUCGCCAUUGUUGAUACUCUCAAAGACGAUAAAUCAACUCCAAAUUUCUCCAAACCCGACAACAGAAUGGUUCUUUUUGGAUCUCAACUCAAGAUCCAGAUUCCCCCUCUUUAUUCCCCCUCUGUUUUUCAAUCCCCGACCGAUUUCGGCAUCAAGACGAGAAACACCCAACUGGGUCCGAAGUCUCCGUCGGCGGCAACAACGAGGAGAUCUGGUUCUAGGUCGCCGCCGGCAAACCUGUCAGCGAGUGAAAUGGAGUUAUCUGAGGAUUAUACACGGGUAAUCUCGUACGGGCCUAAUCCUAAAACAACCCAUAUUUUUGAUGAUUGUAUUGUUGAGACUGAGAGUUGCUGCGGUGAGGUUGUGGGUUUUCCGGCUGCUGGAAAGCCGGUGAUGAUGAACAUGAGUUGUUCAUCGGAGAGCUUUUUGAGUUUCUGUUACUCUUGCAAGAAGAGUCUUGGACAUGGAAAGGACAUUUAUAUGUACAGAGGUGAGAAAGCUUUUUGCAGCUGUGAAUGCCGGUUCAAGGAGAUGAUGCUAGAGGAAGAAGAGGUUAAUGAUGAUGAACAGAAGAAGAAGAAGGUGAAUCUGGAGGUUGAUGAUCAUCUGUUUUGGUGAUUGAUUUUUGUAUUUUAAUGUUAUUAAGUAAAUAAUUGAAGAACACUAAUCAAGCAGAUCAUUAGAUUCCUUCCCACUUAUUGUUUUCUUUCUUUUUCUUGUGUUGUGUCCAUAUCAAAGCUUUUGGUGAUAAUAACAAUGCCAAUUUUCAUGU